AUGCGCGUCGAGCUCCGCAGCGGAGCCGUUGGGUGCGGGGAGGCGCCUGUGCUGCCCUCAGUCGCGGCCGAGGACCAGCCCGCAGCGCCCGACGCCGCGGGACGGGCGUGCGCCACGCUCGCCGACGCCCCUGCGGCGCCUCUCAGCGUGCUGCUCCAGGAUGUUGCCAGUGUACUACUCCCAGUACAUGCCUUCGCCUCGAAAUGGGAGUGA